CCGCCGAUGAACAUCGCCAUCAAAUCUGGUCAUUGAUUGCCGUCAUCGGUGUCGACCACACCAACAACAACAACACCACACGUAUGAACAAUGGAUUCGUUAUCGUCUGAUAGCAGCGAUGGUACACAACAAGACAAUAGUGAUGCAGAUGUUGUACUACAAGAAGUGGUGGUCAACACAUUUGACAUUCAAGACGAUAGCCGUUCAACAAUUGUUACCGAAAUUAGUGACCAAUCGAUUGACAACAACAACUUGUCGGAUGAGAUGAAGACACGUCAAGUGAUGAUCGCCAGCGACCACAACCAGUGCUCAUCAAAUCAACAGUUGAUUGGAGUUAGUAGUCAUCACUGUAUGACUACUACUACUACUACUACUAGUAAUACCAUUACAUCGACUACUAAUAGUACUACUAAUGUGUCGACAAAAAAACAACUAAUAAACAGAAAAAAACAUCACUUGAAUCACAAUCGUAAGGCUCGACAACAACAGGAACUAAGGGUUAGAGUAUUGACGAAAUCCUAUGAGUCUAGUCGUCGACAACAACAACAACCAUUUGAUAAGCACAGUUUUAUAGACAUCAAUACUAAUCAAUUGGUUCGACCAAUGGAUAGACUCAAUCAACAAAUAGAGUUUACGAGAGGACAGUUGGCCGGUCUAAUAGAUGACAGAGUGUCGCAAUCUAUUAUAGUUGCUUUUCAACGAAGUUUGGAAAUUCUUGAAGAAGAGUUGAUAACACAAGUGGCGGCCGCGGCGGCCGACAUAAGUGUCGAGACGGCUGCUACCGGUGAUGGUCCGUCUGCACCGGACAACAAUGAACAGGAAGGCGCCGCCGCCGCCCCCGCUCUCAGUAUGUCUGACCCGGAUUCGCCGGCACCGAAGUCAAGCACAGACUGAUCGGGCCGAUACACCCGAUCUUCCCGUAACAUCUGAAUCAGGUGUCGGUGAUGAUGAUAGUGAAGGGAUGACUGUCGACUAAACGAUAUAACAAUUACACAAUAAUAAUACUUAUUAUAAUUAUAAUGAUUGGAUACUUUAAUUGAU